AUGGAUUUAAUAAAUUCAACUGAACAAAACUAUACUUCAGAAGAACUAUUUAAAAGAAUGACAUCCAAGAUUCUUGUUUCAAUUACUCUGUCUGUGCUUGCACUAAUGACAACUGCCAUCAAUUCUCUAGUGAUGACUGCAAUAAUUGUGACAAGGAAACUCCAUCACCCUGCCAACUAUUUAAUCUGCUCCCUUGCAGUGACUGAUUUUCUAGUUGCAGUUUUAGUAAUGCCCUUCAGCAUUGUAUAUAUUGUAAAGGAGACCUGGAUUAUGGGGCAGGUGGUAUGUGACAUUUGGUUGAGUGUUGACAUUACAUGCUGCACAUGUUCCAUCCUGCAUCUUUCAGCUAUUGCUUUGGAUCGGUACCGAGCAAUCACAGAUGCUGUGGAGUAUGCCAGGAAAAGGACACCUAAACACGCUGGCAUCAUGAUUGCAGUGGUGUGGAUCAUAUCCAUUUUUAUCUCUAUGCCUCCUCUGUUUUGGCGACAUCAGACAACUAGCAGGGAUGAUGAAUGCAUCAUCAAACAUGACCACAUAGUUUUUACCAUUUAUUCCACAUUCGGAGCAUUUUACAUCCCCCUGGCAUUGAUUCUGAUCCUUUAUUACAAAAUAUACAAAGCAGCGAAGACAUUUCACAGAAGAAGCGUCAGCCGGAUUGUAAGGGAGGAGGUAAAUGGACAAGUCCUCUUGGAGGCGGGUGAGAGAAGCACCAAAUUGGCUUCAACACCAUGCACAGUUGAUAAGUCAUCUGAUCCCUUGGACUGUGAUAAAAUUAAUAUCUCGUUACGAAGCCCCAAGUCUGAAUCCAAACAAGAUAAAGCCUGGAAAAAACAAAGAAUCUCUAGCACAAGAGAGAGGAAGGCAGCAACCACCCUGGGCUUGAUUUUGGGUGCAUUUGUGAUCUGCUGGCUCCCCUUUUUUGUAAAAGAAGUAGUUGUUAACACCUGUGAGAGAUGUCACAUUUCAGAAGACAUGUCUAAUUUCCUGGCAUGGCUGGGAUACAUCAAUUCUCUAAUUAACCCAUUGAUCUACACAAUCUUUAAUGAAGACUUUAAGAAAGCAUUUCAGAAGCUUGUGCGAUGUAGGCAAUACCUUUGA